AUGGGGAGAGGGAAGAUUGCGAUCCGGAGGAUCGAUAACACGACGAGCAGGCAAGUGACUUUCUCAAAGCGAAGGAACGGAUUGUUGAAGAAGGCGAAGGAGCUAGCGAUUCUGUGUGAUGCAGAAGUAGGGCUGGUUAUCUUUUCCAGCACUGGCAAGCUCUAUGAAUUCUCAAGCACCAGCAUGAAAUCAGUAAUUGAUCGAUAUUAUAAAGCAAAAGAGGAACAUCACCAACUACUUAAUCCCGUAUCAGAAGUCAAGCUUUGGCAAAGGGAGGCAGAAAUCUUAAGGCAACAGUUAUACGACUUGCAAGAAAAUCAUCGGCAAUUGAUGGGAGAAGAACUUUAUGGCUUGAGUGUCAAGGACCUACAAAAUCUAGAGAACCAGCUGGAAAUGAGUUUGAGAGGUGUCCGUAUGAAAAAGGACCAGAUAUUAACUGAUGAGAUACAAGAGCUAAACCAAAAGGGAAACCUUCUUCAUCAAGAAAAUGUAGAACUCUACAAGAAGGUAAACCACAUUCGUCAAGAAAACGUGGAAUUGUAUAAGAAGGUUUGUGGCACAAGGGAUGUGAAUGUGGUUUCUGGAAACACCCUCAUUCCAUAUGGUUUUAGCAUCGGAGAGGAUGUGCCAAUCAAUCUUCAAUUGAGCCAGCCUGAGCAAUAGAAUUUUGAGAUACCAGC